CGCCCCACGUGACCCGGAACUGAACGCGGAGCUCCCGUAGUGCGUCCGGAGUGCAGAGGGAUCUUUUCCGCUAAUUUUUCUCUACAACCGGCGCGUUUUCCCUCACGAAAUGGACACGCUGAACAAACUGAAGCAGUUCGACGCUUACCCGAAAACUCUGGAGGAUUUCCGGGUGAAGACGUGGGGCGGAGCUGCCGUGACCCUCAUCAGCGGCGUCAUCAUGUUAAUCCUGUUCGUCUCCGAGCUGCAGUACUACCUGACUAAAGAGGUCCACCCUGAGCUCUACGUGGACACGUCUCGAGGAGACAAACUCAAAAUCAACAUCGACGUUAUUUUCCCUCACAUGCCAUGCGCCUAUCUCAGUAUAGAUGCCAUGGACGUGGCCGGCGAGCAGCAGCUGGACGUGGAGCACAAUCUGUUCAAACAGCGGCUGGAUAAAGAACUCAGACCCGUCACAAACGAGGCGGAAAAACACGAACUGGGUCAGGCUGAUGACGGGAAACCGUUCGACCCGAGCACACUGGACCCGAACAGAUGCGAGAGCUGCUACGGAGCCGAGACCGAGGACCUGAAGUGCUGCAACACCUGCGACGACGUGCGCGAAGCGUACCGGCGGCGAGGCUGGGCCUUUAAGAGCGCMGAGACCAUCGAGCAGUGCCGGAGAGAAGGUUUCACCCAGAAGAUGAUGGAGCAGAAGAACGAGGGCUGUGAGGUCUACGGCUUCCUGGAGGUCAACAAGGUGGCGGGAAAUUUCCACUUUGCUCCAGGAAAAAGUUUCCAGCAGUCCCACGUUCACGUCCACGCUGUGGAAAUUCACGACCUGCAGAGUUUCGGUUUGGACAACAUAAACAUGACUCAUCUGAUCAAGCACCUGUCGUUUGGCAAAGAUUACCCCGGCAUCGUUAACCCUCUGGACGGAACCGACGUCACGGCGCCACAAGCRUCAAUGAUGUACCAGUACUUUGUGAAAAUUGUCCCGACCAUAUACGUGAAAACUGAUGGAGACGUAGUAAAAACAAACCAGUUCUCGGUCACCAGGCAUGAAAAAGUUGCCAAUGGGUUAAUAGGAGACCAGGGGCUGCCAGGGGUCUUUGUUUUAUACGAGCUGUCGCCCAUGAUGGUUAAAUUCACAGAGAAACACAGAUCGCUCACACAUUUCCUGACAGGAGUCUGCGCCAUCAUCGGGGGGGUUUUUACAGUGGCCGGACUGAUCGACUCGCUCAUCUACCACUCGGCGCAGGCCAUCCAGAAGAAGAUCGAGCUGGGCAAGGCGUCGUAACAGCGCCCCCCGCUGGUGGCACGGGCCGAGACACUGACAGAGACAGGAGGACGGAGGGAGGGAGCGCACUUUGCUUUCUCUCCAUCGUUUUUUAAUUUCAAAUCCAAGAGGCAGGCCGGGAUUUAAGUUCUUCUGUGGAGGAGCUCAGCAGAAGAACCGGGUCAGAAUCGGACUUUGGGACGCCUCGUUUGGCUCCGACUUCGGCUGCUGAAGCUUCAGGUGGAGGGAAAACAAAAAGACAGAACUGCUGGUUAAGCUUCGGCUCCCUGAACGUUUGAGAGGAGAUCUGAGAGGACUUUAAUCUGUCAUUUAUUCUGUUCUUCAUUUAAACACAGAUCUGUGAGAACGUCACGAGGGCAGCGAGGACUUCAGCUCACCAACGGCUCCGAGAAAUUACUGCUCAGAUUUUCUGUUGUCAGCAAAACCCACAAACAAACCAACAGUUCUGAAUGAUCGAAACAAUUCAUCAAACAUCAGUGACAUCUUUGUCUAUAAGAAUCGACUAAAAUAAACUUUUGAAUUCUUGAUGAGAACCAGUCAUCUCAGAGCUGACAGAGUUUGUUGACAACAGGAACAAAAUUAAUUAGACUUCAACGUGUUUCUGCAGAAAACAGGAGCAAAGUGUUUCCACUCUGAUUAAAGCUUUGGUAAAGGUGGUACAAGUUUAUCCACAGGCUGUAAAAACUUGCAAGACAACAUCAAAAAUCAAAGUUAAACUGAUCAUUGAGGGAAAAAAAACACUAAAAUACUGAGUGAGGAUCUCACCUUCUCUUCAAUUUUUAGGUUUUCCUUUUAACUUAUUUAGAGUUUCCACCAAAAAUCAAAAUCUAAUCCCAUAAAACUCGGCAGCUUUUUGUAAUUUUCAAAGCGAAUCGCUUGGUUUAAAAUAAAAAAGUAAAACAAUCAA